AUGGGAAACUACAUUUCUACCACAUAAAAACCCAAGUUUUACUUUUACUUAGCAAUAGGAAUUCUGACUGUGUAUGUAGCAAUAUCUUAGAUCUAUGGGAAGAUGAACUAGAAUUAAAAUGGAGAAAAUGACCCCAACAAUUACUACGAAAAAUACGGAGAUAAUAAUUAGGGAUAGGAUUAAAAAUCAUGGAUAGUUGUAACAGGGGGUUCUGAUGCGUUGGGCUUAGCAUUUUGUGAGAGAUUGGCUACUCAAGGGUUUAAUGUAUGUAUUAUAGGCAGUGAUGAAAAGAAAAUCAAUGAAAAGAUCCAACUUAUCAAAGAGAAGAAUCCUAACAUACAAACUUACAUUGUUUUGUCAGAUCUGAAGUAAUUUUCAACCAUAAAAGACUACUAAGAGAUCGCUUUAAAACUGCAACAGUUUGACAUCGCUAUGCUAUUUAUCAAUUCAUCCUGGAAUAAUAUCGCUCCCCUUCAUCAAAUUCCAUUGAACUAGAUUGAAGAGUUAACAAAUUUUAAUACUUUGUAAAGCCUAUAUCUUACAAAAGCAUUAAUACCAAAAUUAUAGUCAAGAAAUCAAAAAUCUGCCAUAGUAUUUUCUUCUAGCUUCCUAGGGACUGUUGUAAUCCCGGGAACUCUGACUUAUAAAAUGAGUAAAAAAUUCAUUUCUGUGAUUGCUGAUAAUUUAUACAAGGAAUUAAAAAAUAAUUCUUAGAUUGAUGUGCUAUCAUUUGAAGCUUUUGCCAAGGAUUAUGACUACUUAAAAGAUAUAUCAGAGAUUGAAGAAUAAGAGGAAUCUAAAAACUUACUUGAAGAGCUUAAGUUUAUAGGAGAGGAUCUCCUGAGAUAGAUUUAGGAAACUCCAGUGAUAAAAAUUACUAGUAAAGUGAUGAAUGGACAUAAUAAUAGAACCCGAUAGAAAGACCUUUGCUCAGGCUUUGAAGGCUCUCAAAAGAAAAUAGAGGAAAGUCUAGAAUUAGAUUUUGGCCAGGUUGAGAGACUUGAAGUAGAAGUUAUUGAUGAGCCGAAACAAGAAGAAGUGAUUGAAGAAAAACCAGAAGAAUAGAAUGAAAUCUUUGAAUAAGAGUAAUAACAAUAACAGCAAGAGGAAGAAGGUCCGCUUCAGUAAAGUCCAGAGGAAUAAAAUAAGGAGGAAAUUGAGGAAUAUCAGGAAAAAUAGGAACAAUUGGAUCAAUAGGAAGCAUAAGAAGUUUAAGAAAUUCAAGAAAUUUAAGAAAUUUAAGAAGAUUAAGAAGUAUAAAAUGUAAAAGAAGAAGAGAUUGAAGAGGAAUAAUAAAUUGAUGUUCAAUAAUCAGAGGAAAAAUAAGAAUAGAUCAAAGUUGCAGAUGACGACAUCCAAGAAGAUGAUGACGAUGGUAUCCCUGAUGAGGAUGAAGAUGAUAAUAUUGAAGAUUAGGAGACAUCUAUUGUCAUUGAAAAUAAGAUUCACUCUGUGUAUAGUGGGUUCAGACCAAGAAGAAUGGAUACUGCUAAUAAAUCAUCUGGGUUCUUAUAGUUCUAAGUUGAAACAUCUGAAAUUUCUCUAGGAGGUGAUGAUGAUAUCGAUAGCUUUUUAGGUGGCAAGAUUGAAUUGCCCGUUGUUGAAGAGCAACCAAUAAUAGAAGAAUAGCCAUUAAUAGAAGAGCAAGCUAUAAUAGAAGAAGAAUAAGCUUAAAUAGUUGAGGAGCCUGCCGAGGAGUUAUAAUUGGAGGAAGUGUAGUAAAUCUAAAAAGAUAAACAACAAGUCUAAUAAGAAGAUUCUUCAUUGUAAUAAUAAGAGUUCCCUAUUUUAGAAGAUUAGCAUUAAGAUGAAAAUUAAGCAAAUUAAGUAGAACUCCAAUUAGAUGAGUCAUAAAUUACUGAUCUAUUAACAUAGGAAGAGGUUAAAUUUGAGAUCGAAAAAUAAUUUGAGGAGGCAUAAGUGGACAAUGAAUAAAUGGAAAUUAAAUUAGAUGAAGCUUAGGAAGAUGUUGAAGAAAUUUAAGAAGUCUAGCCAGAUUAAGAAAAUACAGUUGAAAUCUCAUUAGAGGAAGUAUAAGAAUAAUUAUUAGAGGAUUAAAAGUAAGAGCAAGCUAUAGAAGAGGAUGAUGGGUAGCUUUAGUAAUAGAUUGAAACUCAAAUUUCAGAUUAGCAGAUGCCAGAAGAAUCACCUACUGUAAUUGAAGAGGAAGUGAAACUUCCAGUUGAGGAUGAGGAGAAAAUUACACCCAGAUCAUCAAUUAAAAGUGAAAGGGAAGAGGAGGAAGAAAAAUCAUCCUCAUCUAAAAAGGAAGGAGAAGCAGAUGAUUACGAUCCAAUUUCUUAAAAACUUAAGCAAUAACUUGGAAGUGCUUUGGCACUCGGUCUCAAAAGAUACAAAUCAAUUCGUGGUGAUACAGUAGAUGAGUUGGUCGAGAGUGUUGUCAACAAAUCUGACAUUUAGGUACCUAUUAUCAGAAUGAUGCAGGGAAAGUAUUUGAUAGGAACUGAGUCUAAGCUACUCAUUAUCAAGGGUGUCUCAGUUAUGGUUAGAAUUGGUGGAGGAUUUGAAAAGUUAGACGAAUAUAUAUAGAGAAAUCAGAAGAACGAGCUUGAUAAACUUAAGAAAAUGAUGAAUGACAAGAAAAAGACCUACAACUAAGUAAUGGUAGAUUUGCUCAAACAAUACUGUAAAGAUGAAAAAGUCGUAAAGAACUUCCUUAAGAAUAACAAAGAUAAUGGACUUUAAGAAAAAUAUAGCCCAAAGGUAGCUGUUUAAAGUCAGAAAUAAUAGGAAAAUACAAUAUCACCACUUCGUAACCCUAAGUAGGUAAAUAAAUAGUUGAUUAAGGAAGAAGAUUCAGAUUUGGAAGAGGAUUAUUGA